AUGGAGAACGGGGCCAGCUCGCACCAGGGCCGUGUCGAAGUGCUGGUCAAUGGCUCAUACCUGACCACCUGUGGUGACUACUUUGGCCCACGGGCCGCCGCUGUGGUCUGCCACGAGGGCCAGAAACACUGGCUGGGCCUCAUCGGGGACGUCGCCGUCCUGCAGCCUCCCGACACCUUUGGGCUCGUGCCCAAUGAUGCUACCGAGGUGCUGAGACUGUACAGAGACAACUACUGUGAUCUUGGGGACCGGGACCUGUUUGAUGACGUGCUCAACAUCCUCUGGUAG